UCACGUUCUGUUUUAAAGCUUCAAAAACAUCAUCACUAAAAUUAUUUAAAACAGAUCUCGUCAUUUUACUAGUUUUCCUUAGCAAUGGGAGCACGACCAGUUUUUCUUUCACUUACAAUCUUCAUCAUCAUCGGCAUCCAAUGUGUAUAUUCGACUACAUUUACAUUUACCAACUAUUGUAGUUACACGGUAUGGCCUGGAUUGUUAGCAAGUUCAGGGUCACCACCAUUGGAAAACACAGGCUUCGUUCUCCAAAAAGGAGGGUCUAAGUCAAUUUCGGCCCCGACAUCAUGGUCAGGUCGUUUCUGGGGUCGAACCCUUUGUACUCAAGAUUCUACAACAGGUAAAUUCACUUGUGUAACAGGUGAUUGUGGCUCAGGACAGAUUGAAUGCGCAGGAAGAGGUGCCGUACCACCAGCUACACUGGCAGAGUUCACACUCAACGGUUCAGGUGGUUUAGAUUUCUACGAUGUGAGUUUAGUCGAUGGUUACAACAUUCAGAUGUUAGUGGUUCCUAAAAGUGGGUCUGCUGGUACUGGUAAUUGCAAUACCACUGGAUGCCUUGUUGAUCUCAACGGAAUGUGUCCAACUGAAUUGAAGGUGCUCUCGUCAGAUUCAUCAACGCCAAAUGUAGCUUGUAAAAGUGCGUGUGAAGCGUUUGGUGAAGAUCAAUAUUGUUGCAAGGGUGCUUACGCUAAUCCAGACACAUGCCAUCCGUCUUCGUAUUCGGAGAUCUUUAAACACGCUUGUCCACGUGCCUACAGCUACGCCUACGAUGACGGAACGAGUACCUUUACUUGUGCUUCUUCUCAAUCCGAUUACCUUAUCACUUUCUGUCAACCUUCGGCUAACAGUCAGAAGUCAUCGAAUUAUCCAGAGGCAGCUAUGUAUUUUAUGGGAAAUGACAGUAAUAACCAAGACGAAUACGACACGAGCAUCGCGUCAUCCACGAGGCUUCAACAUGGGGAUGGUAGGAUCCUACUACUUGUAAUAAUCAUCAUGGCUGUUGCCAUCUCAUUUUGUACCAGCAAUUUAGUCCUACCUAGCUUAUGACAAAAAGACUAGCCGUUAUUGCAUGAUCACAUCAUGAGUAGCCGAGCACGGGCUGAUGGGAUUGAAAAUUAGGGUGAGCAUACUGUCCUUUAUAGUGAGAGUGAGGACCUAUCACAUUUACACAUUUACUUGUCUGGGAGUAUAUCAAGUUAUGAAGAGAAGAACUUUUCAAAAUCGCAGCCAGCACUUAUCAGCAUCACUACUGCUCAACUCAUCAGUAUGGGGUAGUAUAUAAGAAGUCAUGGAGGAAGAGAAGAACUUUACAAGCUAACAAAUGAGAUUGGUUAUGAGGCAUGGUCUUCCAUGUUCCGAGUGUUAGUGUGAACACGCACUAAUUUAUCUUUUCACUUUUAAACUUUAUUUUUACUGUUGGAAUGUUAUACUACCUUUUUCUUUCUUUUCUUAAUAGAGAAU